GUCCGUGUGUAGGCAAGUCACGUGUGGAGAGUCCGUUGAUCUCGUUUCGUGUAAGCAGUGUAUCUCUCCUGUUUGUUCAUUUGAUUUGGGCCCCAUUUCAUGUUGUUUUCAAAACAACAUUUCGUGUAGAUCUAUCUAUCUUCGCCGAAGAAUGAGCGACAACGAUGAUAUCGAGGUCGACAGUGAUGCAGACAAACGGGCACAUCACAAUGCGCUGGAGCGCAAACGUAGGGACCACAUCAAAGACAGCUUUCACAGCCUUCGGGAUUCCGUUCCCGCCUUGCAAGGGGAAAAGCAAUCUAUCAAACAGGCAUCCCGAGCGCAAAUCCUAGACAAAGCCACAGAGUACAUCCAGUACAUGCGACGGAAAAACCACACACACCAGCAGGACAUCGACGACCUGAAGAGACAGAACGCUCUGCUGGAGCAACAAGUACGGGCACUGGAGAAAGUCAAGGGGACCACGCAGCUGCAGGCCAACUACUCCUCUUCAGACAGCAGCCUGUACACCAACCCCAAGGGCAGCGCUGUAUCGGCCUUCGACGGUGGUUCCGACUCGAGCUCGGAGUCUGAGCCGGAGGAACAGCGUUCCCGGAAGAAGCAUCGCGGGGAGGACAGCUAAACAGCGGAUCCUCAGCCUGCUCCACAAAGUUCUCCUCCAAGGGGAGGGAGAGUCACAGCAAUGGCCUGUUUCUUGUUGUAUUUUGUGUACCUCAAUCGCCCCAAACCAUUUUGAUCAAUCUUUCAGUGAAUGUCAACCCUCGAUUCCACACCUGAAGAAACCUCCGCCAGGUUUACAAGAGAGACUGUUACGGGAAGAACACUCACGGAAAACAACUUGUUUUUACUCUCCCUCCCUCUCCGACUCUGUUCGUCCAUCUUGUGUCCUGGCACACGCAACAACAAACGAUGAUUUAAACCCAAAAUGAGGCAGCUUUGCAACUUAAGGACUUGAUGCUAAUUAUGUUUUUUUUUUGUACCCUUGUCUGCAAUCCCUCCAGAUGGAAAUCCAAAGGGGUGAAUGAGGCGUACAGCUCCUAGCACUGCUAAAAUAUAUAUAUAUAUAUAUAUAUUGAAUAUCUUAAAGCCUGCUUAGAACUUACCCUUAGCUGAAUUGUCCCGAGUGGUUUGCCUUUCUAAAUAUGUUACUUUUCCAUAAAGGAAUGUUUUUGAAGCAUCUGUCAAUGUAC